AAGGUAGAUUUUUCGAGAUAAAAGCUGUCAUAUUCUAAAUAUGAUUUUUCUUUUCUGGAUUAAAAAAAGGGUAUUUUUCCAAGAAAAAGUCACACUAUUAACUUUCACGAGAUUGCCAGAUUUUUGCUGAAAAAUAUAGCACUGUUUUCUUGGAAUCUCCUUUGUUUUUUUGAAAAGUCAGACUUUAUCAUGAGGCAAUUACGAGUUUUGAAAAUAUAAGCAAAAUUCAAUUCCAGUAAUAUUACGACUUUUAUGGCUUCAUCCUCGUAGUAUUAUUUUUAUCUCGAAAAAAACGGUAGUUUUUUUUCUUGCUACCAAAAAAAGAUGAGAGGGAAAAAAAGCUGGAAAACUCAACGAUGAAUGUUUGUCCUUUUAUGAGAAGGCGGAGUGUUUUUUCCCCCCAUGUGCUGCUGUGUCCAAGUCGUGUUACAUAACCAAGCCGCCGUUUCACAUCCUUAUGUGGAGCUCCGUUUGGGUCGUGCGCUCAACAAAGUGACAUUAAAGUCCAAACUGAGGCUGACUUGUUACUUUUAUAUCACAUUUCACUUUAACCGCGACACUCGCGGUGACUUGAAGAUGACUGAAGUAGACGCUUAACCUCGGGAUGGGUAGCGGAACGAGCCGCGUGACGAAAGUUGCACCUGUGGGCUUCGGCGAGGCGAAGCCGGCUAAAAACGUCUCUUCUUCGGUCGCUUCUUCGAAACGAGACGCCUUCGACGCUUUGAGGGUUCACUCCCGCCGCCGAGCCCCGGUGGACUGCCACAGCGCCGGCCACGACUCGGGGCUCUCCGGGGACGACGACGACGACGCGGACGCCGAGCUGGGCGGCUUCGACGAGGCGGGAGCGGCGGUUCGCCCUAAGGGGAAGAAGAACCAGGCGGCGUCCAAGAAGGCAUUCAUGAGGUGCAGGACGUACGGACUGUGUCACUUCAGGACCGGGGAGGAAGAUGAGCAGCAGGAGCAGGGGGCGUCCUCCACCUCCUCCACCCCCUCCUCCACCACCUCCGGCCUCGGUGGGGCACAGGGGCCACAUGGCUCCCGGGGAGCAGGCAACAAGAACAGGAGCCAUCACGCCUUCGCACCUCCCCCUCAGUGUUCUACUCAGGCCUUCUUGACAAGAAGACCAACAGAAGAAGAUGGCGCCUUAUCCCAAACACAGGCCACUUUUGGCCACAGCAUGCCCCCGCUCGCCACACCAGUCAUCCUGUACGACGGCUCUGAGGAAGAACUGAUGGACACCAUUGAGAGGGAAUUUAGUUGACCCCCUCACCUCUACUUAACGCCAAGUUCAUUGUUUGUCGUGUUUUGUUUUGUUUUGUUUUGUUUUUUUGCACAGGCAGACACACACUUAGCCAACUUCUAUUGUACCGCUCGCCUUACUGUUGUGUGCUUUUGGAAUCGGGAGGCUAGCGUAUAACCAUUCUGUUGAUAAUAAACAAAAUAAUAUUUGCGGAGUAGCA